GCAAUCGCAAGUAUCUUUCGGGACUGCCGCGUUGCGUUCGUCGCGCGUGCACCUCGUGAAUUGUGUAGCGAAACUACUUCUUUUUCAAUUUAGUGCCUGUUUAUACCGAGAAGAAGAAUUUCGAUAUAUUUAUUGGCUAAAUUUGUACCAAACGUGCGUAUCUUUGCGAAAACAUAUAAAUUUAUACGGUUAAGUUUGAUUCGAUUGAUGGUAGUCCAGAUCGUCUCCGUUAACCGUUCAUUGACUUCGUUUUUGAAUUUGUCAAGUGACCGUUUUCUGGUGGAACAUAAACCUGUGAGUGAAAGUGUCAAACUGCGCUGUUGAAGUGUACAGUUUUAAGCCAGAUAGAGAGGAUUAUUGUGAGCUGCAUUUUAGUGGAUGAUUUAAAAGAUAUUGAACAGAACAACGGGAUUGUAACCGGGUAACCACCGGAUACACGGAAUCCGGAAGUGCUGUGCUACUGUUGGAAUUUUCUGUGCUAGUGAAAGAAGUGAAAAAUACAAACUUUUCGUCUUUGCCCGACGAAAACGAAAGAUAUUGCGUAUCAAGAAUUUAUGCUGCCAUCGUCGUAGUCGUCGUCGCCGCCACCACGAUUCGAGAUUGGCAAGUGCGAGUGCAAGAACGAAAGCGCGCAGGCACCGUACACCGCGCGGUGAGUGACAGCGAAAGAAAAAGAGAGAUAGAAGAGGAGGCGAUCGUGAGCAGCAGGCAGCUCCAAGUGAGUGAAGAAGCAGCGCACUGAAAGGGCGGGUCAGUGUGGAAGAGGAGUGUUGCGGGAAUCUAAAUAUUUGGAUAUAAACGCGUAGUAUUGCGCGUAGUGUAUGACGUAGCCGCCCUGUAGUUGUGGCUGCAAAAGUGAUGAAAUUCUGCCGGAAGUAGAUGCCGAUUCGCGCUGAUAGGCGAAAGGUGGUUCUGAUGAAAGUAGCUACAAAAUGUAGCACGGUGUGUAGUUCCUUAAAGGUCGACAAGCAGCAGUCAGUCAGUGAUGAAACGCGGAAAAAAUGUCUCAAAAUUUUGGUUACAAGUGGCAAGUGAAAUUGGGUAACGUAGAAAUGUGUUCCUCGCGAAAAAAGGCGGAGGAAAGAGCCGAGCGGCAGGAAGGUCCAUCCCGUCGUCGGCUAAGACCGGCAGUCUCGGAUGGUGCAAACAGUGAUGAAGAUAUGAUGGAGUGCCGCAGAACGAGACAGUGCAAUGAAACAAAUCACGAGCAGCAACAGCAGGCAAAUGAGGAAAUCGUGCAACAGCAGCAAUCGGAAGUGGUGGUAGUGUUCCCUAAAAAAUAUUUUCCUCCAUCAGGAUUGACCAACCUGUUGGAGCAGCUAGCGACCAAGCUGAAGCAAAAGCAUAGGACAGAACGUCCGAAGGAGUGCAUGGGAAAGAGAGCGAAGAAUCGUUGUGCUUGCGAAGAAAUGAGUGAAAUCGGUGCAGAGAAGAGUGUAGAAAUGUGUCACCAGAGAAACCAACGAAUAAGAGCAACAGCAUCAGCAACCGUUGCCGCCCCGGUUCCACGGCCCGGCAAGCUGGUUUGGCUCCUGAUGGCCAGCGUGCUUCUGUUCAGUGUGUUCAUUGCACCCGUCACUCCGGUGCAAGGCAACGAAAUUAGGCCGGAGAGACGAGAAUACAAGAAAGGAGAAGUGUGCGGCAGUGUGGACGUGCGAAAUUCACCCUCCAAUCUGGAGCGGCUGAAGGAUUGCGUCGUAGUCGAGGGCUUCGUGCAUAUUCUCCUGAUCGACAAGUACAGCGAGGCGAGUUUCGAAAACUAUUCCUUUCCGCUGCUAACAGAAAUCACCGAAUAUCUGCUGCUGUUCCGGGUGAAUGGCCUGAAGACGUUGCGGAGGCUCUUCCCGAACCUGGCCGUCAUCCGGGGCAGCUCACUCGUCAGUAACUACGCAAUCGUGAUCUACGAGCUGAUGCACAUUGAGGAAGUUGGCCUAAUUUCGCUUACCCACAUUACUCGCGGUGGUGUUCGGAUCGAGAAGAACCCGAAGCUUUGCUUCGCUAAUACGAUCGACUGGAAUGCGAUAGCUUCCGGGGCGGAAAACUACGUAAAGGAUAAUCAAAAGGAAAAUGCUUGCCCGAUCUGUCCAACGGAAACCAGCCUGGUGCUGCCGGAUGGAACGAACCUAACUCAGCGAUGCCCAAUAGCUCCAACCAAAGGACUGGUUCCACAUCACAAGGAACAUCGGAAGACGCUCUGCUGGAAUGCCAAUCACUGCCAAAAUAAAUGCCACGACACCUGCCCAAACAAGUCGUGCACCGUGACCGGCGAGUGCUGCGACGAAACGUGCCUCGGUAGCUGCACCGGCCGGAACGGGUCCAACUGUUCCGUCUGUCGACAUCUGAGCAUCGAUCCGGCCGGCCGGCGGCAGUGCGUGACCAAGUGUCCGGAGGGUAUGUUCGUCUACCACAGCCGCUGCAUAACGGCCGACCAGUGCUACACCAUCAAGAAGCCCAUCUCGCUGGACUCGAAUCAGGAUUUGCCGCAGUAUCCGUACAUUCCGCACAACGAAACGUGCAUCAUGGAGUGUCCGGCCGAUCACGAGCUGCAGAUAGUAAACGACAAAAGGCGCUGCAAGAAGUGUGACAAGGGAGCCUGUCCGAAGCGCUGCGGUGGGGGUAAUAUCGAUAACAUACAAAGCGCUCAGUCGCUAAAAGGAUGCGAGAUUAUCGAAGGAUCCUUGGAAAUACAGCUGAGAAGUCGUGGGGGAGAAAACAUAGUCAAAGAGUUGGAGAAAUUUCUUAGUAGCAUCACGGAAAUCACGGGCUAUCUGAAAGUUGUGCGGUCCUAUCCACUGCUUUCGUUAGGAUUCCUGAAAAAGCUUAGGAUAAUUCACGGAACGCAUGCAAAAAUUUCAAAUUCAAGUUUGUACAUAGUGGAGAACCAGAAUCUGCAGGAACUGUUCGAUCGUAAUGUGACCAUCCGCGAAGGAAAGUUGUUUUUCUAUAACAACCCGAUGCUGUGUGUGGGAAAAAUUCGUGAACUGAAGGCUGUCAAUCCGAAGAUCGAAAUCGAGAACGAGGCUCAGCUGGCGGCAAACAACGGAGAUCGGGCUGCUUGCGAAAUUACCGAGCUGGACACUAGCUUGAAGUCGGUUUCAGCCGAGACGGCCAUCAUCCAAUGGGCACCGUUUACACAGUUGGCAGACAUCCGACAGUUGCUGGGGUACGUUAUCUACUACAUCGAGGCGCCGUUCCAGAAUGUAACAUUUUUCGACGGAAGAGAUGCAUGCAACACGGAAGGUUGGAGGCUGGACGAUAUCAGCGAGUUUAACACGGAAAACUAUACGAGCAAGAUCCUAACGCAGCUCAAACCUUACACGCAGUAUGCUUACUAUGUGAAGACUUACACGCUAGCUUCCGAGGGACUGGGAGGUCAAAGCAGGAUUAAGUAUUUCAUUACGGCACCCGGUACCCCAGCCGUUGUGAGGGAUGUGGAUGUCGAAGUUUUUCCAAAUGAGGACAUGCUGACAAUUAAAUGGCUCCCACCGUUGAAGAUGAAUGGUAAUCUGCGUUACUACGAGGUUUUUGUUGAGCUGAACGCCGACGGCAAAGAGAUGCUAAACCAACGAAAUUACUGCAACGAAGAAAUCGAUAAAAGUUCAACGGCAAACGCACCCGUAGAAACCCCGACGUUGGCACCGCCAGCGAAAUUUCCUUACAUCGGAGAUGUUUGCACAGAGGAACAGUGCAGUAAGUUCUGUCCGGCCACGUCCAAGGGAGAAUUGUUCGAUCGAACAGAAGCUGAACAACAGAUAAGCUUCGAGGACCAGUUGCAUAAUUAUGUAUACAUUAAAAAUCCAACCCUGCGAGAUUCGACAAAUCGCCGAAAACGCAGUCUUGGGAUGGCCAACAACGUUUCGAUCGUAUUUCCGAACAUCACUGAUUCGAACAACAUCGAGAGCAAGGAUCGCCAAACAAUGAUGGAUUCAACUGCGCAAUUCUAUCUGACGCUGUUCAACACCACCAAUAAUACCAGUUUCAGCAUACCGCUCAGUUCUAUGAAGCAUUAUUCACUUUACGUGUUCAAAGUACGCGCCUGUAGAGAACGCGGUGUGAGUCCGGGCAACAAUGUGAAGCUGGUUGAUUUGGAUUCCGCUUGCGGCACUGAAGUAAUUCACAAUUUCCGCACGCCUACCAAGAAGGGAGCCGAUGAUAUUCCGAUGGAUUCGAUCCUAGUGGAAGAACAGUCGAACCAAACGCAGCGUGUGAUCAAAGUACAGUGGAGAGAACCGACCAAACCGAACGGUCCAAUUGUGUCCUACUCGAUCAAGUACCAGCGUAUGGAUGACUCUGUUCAGGCGAGCGUACAGUGUGUUUCCUAUCAGGAAUUCAGUCAAAGCGGAUUUACCUACUUGCCCAAGCUGGAACCAGGCAACUACAGCAUCCGUAUUCGAGCUAACACGAUCGCUGGUGAUGGCGGCUAUUCAUUACCGCGAUAUAUUCUACUGGAGCGGGAGGGCAGCAUACCUGUUUGGCAGUGGAUACUUUUCCCUUUUUUAGCUAUAUUGUUGGUGGUCGUGCCUUUAGCUUACUAUUACAAAUGUCAUUAUCUACCGGUGCAAAAUAUGCGAUUGAUAGCCCAGGUGAAUCCAGACUACGCCGGCGUUAUCUACAAGGUCGACGAGUGGGAAGUCGAACGGGAACACAUUAUUCAGCUGGAGGAGCUCGGUCAGGGUUCCUUCGGAAUGGUAUACAAGGGAAUUUUAACGUAUCUACGUGGUGUCAACGGGAACAUUCCGUGUGCCAUCAAAACGGUCAACGAGAACGCAACCACCAAAGAGCGUGAAAGCUUUCUUAUCGAAGCGUCCGUCAUGAAGCAAUUCCAUACGCAUCACGUCGUUCGGCUGCUGGGGGUCGUAUCGCAAGGUGACCCAACGCUCGUCAUCAUGGAACUGAUGGCGAACGGCGAUCUAAAGGGUUAUCUGCGGCGACACCGACCGGACUACGAGAACGGGGAUGAACCGUCCCCACAACCGCCUACGCUUCGGCAGAUCUAUCAGAUGGCAAUUGAGAUAGCGGACGGGAUGGCGUACCUGUCAGCGAAAAAGUUCGUCCAUCGAGAUCUGGCAGCUCGCAACUGUAUGGUGGCGGGAGAUCUGACCGUCAAGAUUGGUGACUUCGGUAUGACCCGGGACAUCUACGAGACGGAUUACUACCGAAAGGGGACAAAAGGUUUUCUCCCGGUGCGAUGGAUGUCGCCAGAGAGUCUCAAAGACGGCGUGUUCAGCAGCAGCAGCGAUGUGUUCAGCUACGGCGUAGUCCUAUGGGAGAUGGCUACGCUUGCCUCGCAGCCCUAUCAGGGUCUCACCAACGAUCAGGUACUGCGGUACGUAAUCGACGGUGGUGUCAUGGAGCGGCCGGAAAACUGCCCAGACAAACUAUACGAUCUAAUGCGGCGGUGCUGGCAGCACCGACCGACAGCACGGCCUACUUUCCUGGAUAUCAUCAACAUGCUGCUGCCGGAUGCCAACGAUCGGUUCCUCGCGGUGUCAUUUUACAACUCCCCAGAUCAAGAACCAGCGCAGCAUCAAAUAAACAUGGACGAUGUUACCACCCCGUUGCACCCUGGCGGAGGCGGCAGCGGUGGCGGCGAUGAUGACAUGGACAAGGACGAGGAGAUGCACAUCGGGGACGUCGGCACUGACGACGAGUUCUCGAUGGAGAUGACCAAUAGUCACCUGGUGCCGAACAACGGUCCGACGGCCACCAUCCGCUCGCCGCACUCGCCACUAAGGGAGCAACUUGGAAACCGAUUGAUCUGUGAUUCAUUAGCCAUAUCAUAUCAUAGUAGGGAUAUUGAUGAAACCAUAGCCGAAGAGGAGGAACCGAUUGAGGAGGACGAUGACGACGACGAGGAAGAUGAGGAGAGCGAUCACGCGGCGACAGGUGCGCAUGCGGAUACAGCCGAACUGGUGGUUGUAGAUGAAACGUCGGCAAGAGAAACGGCACCGUCAAGGAGUCGUGGUCGUGAGGGCAGAGAUCGCCGCAGUAAUAGCAGAAAUAGAGAACCCGAGCAGAGUGGUAACACUAACAACAGAAAUAGCAGGGUUAAGAGUAGAAGCGUCAGUCCCGGUUAUUGUGGAAUGUCUCGUAGCCACGAUGCAACGCCAGGGAGUAGUCAAAGCAGUCAGAACAAGCGAAGAAGCGGAAGUAGCGAGUUUGCGGGUAACAUAACGCAACAUGACUACGUGAACAGUGCUCCCGGGGUGCUGCUUUCCGGCGGUGCUAACUUGUCUGGUAGUGGUCACGCUAUCAAUGCCGGACUCGGGUCGAUUCCAAUGAUUCCUCCACCACCGCAGAAACAACAAUCCCUUAAUAGGCAACAGCAACAACGGCUGGUCGAUAUAGACUCGGAUCCCUAUGGGAAGGAGUUUGACGCGAUCAGCUCCGAUAGUAGUAGAAUUUCAGCAGCAACUGCAGCAGGAGCAGCGGCAGUACCGAUAUCAGCAACAGGUAGAAUAAAUGGUCGUGUUGGUCUCCAUUCGCAACUGCAGCAGCAGCAGCAACCCGAAAGUAACAAAGAAUUCGUUCCUCCCCGGUUGAGGAAUGGUUUCGUAGAAAGGGCUGUACUUUGGUCUCCGACCGAGGGUUCUACCGGCGAAGUGUGAGACUGCACGAUCACUCGAGACAGCAAAUGGAAGCGGAUGUAAUCACACAAUACACAGUUCCGUGCGUGUGUGCGCCAGCCAACAGCGGGCGCACGAACACACAUGCACACAAUUAACAGUUCCACGUGUCCGCCAGCAGCUGGCGGGUACAAGCUGAAAAUGAUACAGGCUAGCCUUAGGCACUCGCAAUGAUGGGCCAUAGAUAGCAGAAGAAGUAAACAAGUAUUCAAACAAAAAACCCCUUUUAACCAGUAAAUCUUUUAAGUCCACCAUCAUUCAUACUCAUCAGUCGCUCACUUACAUGAACAAAAAUACACACACACACACACAUACAAUCGAUCAUUACACUAACAUACUUAGAUAGGUGUCCUUCGAUUUCUUGUUCGUUGUUUAGCCUACCAAAUCUAACACAACAGUAAUCGCGAAAUAUAAACAUAAAACCACAACAAAAAAUGAAACAAAUAUCCAAAGAGGCUACUACAAACCAUGCAAUGAAAUUAACUAACAAACUAUCCCUUCCAUGUUCUGUGGGAAAAAAAAGUUCUCUACCCUUCAACGCGAGCAAACGCAAACGUUCGCAGACGUUUUGGCUGUCCCCGCCCCUUCCUUUUGUACAAUCGCUCCUCCUCCUUCUUUGGACAUUCGAAAGAUUUCCACUUUAGACAAAUAGAGAAUAAAAAAUUGAAACGAAAGAUAGAAUGAAAAGUACCAUUCAUUAAUGUAUAGAAAGCAUAAAUUCGUUUCGCAUUAGUUUAUUUAUCGAACGGAAACUUUUACCCGUACAAAACAAUAGAGCGCAUAAACUGUCACUUACAAAAAAAAAAAAAACUUCACCAUGGAGACGAACAGGCAAUCUUUUCAUGAUUAGACAGGAAGGAAAGCAGAAAACAAAAACAAAUCUAAUAGAAGCAACAGACUGACCGACAGCUAGAAAGCAAUAUUUUUUUUGUUUUUCAUUUUUUAUAUUUUUUUAUUUUUUGCUCUAAUUUCAAUCCCACCAGAGGUAGUAACAUAACGCAAGCAGUAACAAGCUAAACAAGAAAAAUAAACACUCAAACACACAUGCAAGCACCCAAAUCGAAACGGAAUUAUAGAGAAUUACUGAAGAAUAGGCACAUGGUGCAAUACAUGUGCGUAGUUUUAUAAUGAGCAUGAUAGAGAGAAAGAAAUGCGAGUGCGAAAAGGAUGUGUGAACGGGUUCUGUUUUUGUUGUUGGAUGGAUAUAGAGAGAAAACAAUACGUUUAUUAUCAUUAUACUAUUUAAGAAAUCACUUGGUAAAAAAAGAAAAGAAAGCAAACACGCUGUAGGUUAGAUUAAAUGAACCAGAGCAGAGCUAUAGCUAGAGAAUGUAAGUUUAAUGGAAGUAGAAAUAAAAAAUGGUGAAACGCACCCGUACGCACAUGCUGGACUGUGGCAAAUAGUACGAUGUAAAGUUUGAUUUUUUUAGUGAAAAAAGAAGGAAUUUAGGGGAAAGUCCGCGUUUAUGAAACGAGAGUAGAGUAAUGCGCGAUUGAAGUUCACUGAGUUUGAUUUUUUUUCCUGUCAACGCAAUGAAAAAAAAAGCUGGCCGUUAAUGCGAAAUCACAGUCCCAUUUGCUGCUUUCGAGGGGGCCGAAAUGGAACCAAACACGCCGCUUGAAGUAGAAAGUUUGUAUGGUUCACUUCACUUGUGAACCAAGAAAAAAGGAGUUGAAUAUAUUGCAUUUCUCGUAACGCCGGCGAUACACAAUGCCAAAGUUUAGCAUUUCGGUGACUAAUCGGAAGCACGUACUUCAUCCGUAAACAAUCUCCAAUACACGAUAAAAUAGUACACCCUCUCAUUUCCUCCCGUCAAACAAAUGAACAAAAAAAGCAAUGGUUUAGUGACAAGAGAAUAAUUUAUAUACAAAAUUUUAAUUUACAGAAAACUGAGAAAUAAAUCGAUGAAGAUUAAAUUAUUGAUUAAAGCAAGAAAGAGAAAUCAACUACAUUUCUUGAGGUACAAAUUAAAGUCUGAUUUAUAUAAAGUUCCUCCCCCAAAACUUUAGGAAUAUACCGAUUCAAUCAUUUAUGUUUGCUUGAGUGCAAGCGCGAAUUGAGCAGUAAGUGAGUGGAAGUAAGGUGAACGUCCUAGUGUGAGAGGGGCACUCACAUGCACACAUACAACAGUUGGCCACAAACAAAGGAUUAAGGAAAAACGAACCUGCAAUACAAAAUAGUAGCGUUAUUUUUAGCGGUAAAUUCGUUGAUUUAUGAGAUAAGUUUUUUUUUGUUUUUAGCAGAACAAAAAGAAGAAGAGAGCAAGUGAUUCUUUGUUUGAAUUCAUUCAGUUGAACUCAGCCGGUUUGGAAUGUAAAACACUGAAAAAAAAAGAAAUUAGACACUCAUACACAUACCAUACACACAGACACAAUCAUGCAACCACACAGCAUCAAAAAAGAAACAGAGCAAAACCUGUCAAUAGAUAGUAAUUUUUUAAACGAAGAAAUGCAAACAGAUAUUUUAAAUUUAAAUGCAUACCAGCUAUUAUUUUUAUUUAUUUUCCCUCCGUGUUUUUAUAUACAAACAAUAGAAGAGACCGUUAGUAAACAAAAUGAAGAAGAAAAAAACAGAAAGAAUGAACGAGAUUAACAGACGAACGUAAUCCGCGCAACUUAGCAAACAUAGGAAUACAAACUAAGAAAACAAAAAAGUCGUUAAGUGGAAGAAAAGCAAAAACCCAAUAGAUUUUAUUUAUUUAUUCAAGCACACGCCCACAGACGAUUAAAAACAACGCAAAGAUAUAAUCGGGAGCAGAGUUGCGAAAUCACCGGAAAUAAAAGGAAACAGAAGAGACAAAAAAAGAGUAAUAGAGAGCGCGAGAAAGAGAACGAGAGAAAAACCAAAUUGUACAUAGUAAAUUAAUUUAUUUUUAUUAAUAUUUAGUAUUAGUUGUAACGUUUUUUUAGUGGAUAAAGGCAAAGGCAAACGAACUCAGUAGGGCCGAGAUUUCCUUUUGUUUGUUCGUAACCAUGCGCCGGCAAAAAUCGUACGACCACAAUUCCCUAUCUCUACCUUAGCUACAACUCAGUGUUACGUGUGAUUUGGUUUAGCGGGAAGGGUAAUGCCUUCCAAAGCAGACGCACUACAUGCCAACGUUCCGAUCUUAGCGGACAGAUUACAACAAAAAAAAAACAACUGCGUUUGGUUUGCGUAAGCCCUGGGGGUUUCGAGCCGUUGUAAUGCCAAUUCUCAUUACCUAGAAUGGAAUUCCAUUGUAAGAUUGAACUCAUUUAUUCCAUUUUAUGCCGUUAGGUGACGAUUUUUUCUCGAAAAGUCUGCUCUGCCUAAUGUUUGGGCCACGAAAUGUCAUUUUUAUUUGACUAAAGCCUUUAUUUCGAAGUUAAUAUUCUUUAAUGAGUUAGAGUACACUGACGGGUAAAGAUCUUGGUUUGAUAAACUAAACUGUCUCUUUAAACUACUAAACCAAAAAAAAGUUUGGGAAAUUGUGUUUAAAAUCAAUAAACAUACCAUACAGUUACCAUCCACCGUGCACUUAAGAAAAAGUCAUACUUUGUAUUAUCAUAAAAAAAAAUUUCAACUAUUUUCUCACGGAAUUUUAGCCAUCAGAUAUGUUAGCUAAUACUUCUUCCAUGAAAAAUAUAUGAGACAGUUAAAUUUCUCAAAAAACUUUAAUACUGGACAAAAAAUAUGCCAACUCUUGGGCGCCAUUUACCGCUCAUCACAAUCAGAAGGUACCCAUUCACCUCUCAUGCGUGAGCCAUUCACCGCUCACUUUGAGGUUCAUAAGUAUUUGUCAGGUAAAAUUCAAUUUUAUAGGAAACUUGUUUAUUAAAUUUUUAGUACUUACAGAUGAUUAUCACGACUUGAUUUUACAGUGGUUUUCUUUUUAAAUUGAGCUUCUUUAUUUGGUGUUUUGCGCUUUAGUGUUUGUGUGCGUUUAGCUUUUUUUAGUGACUCUUUAUCGAGCUUUCGUUUUCGUCUCUCUAUGCGUUUUUUCACCUUUAGUUCCUCCGCAGCUUGCUUUUUUUUCUCUUUCGCAUCCAUAUAGGCCAUAAACUCUUCACUAGUAGCUACUGACGGUAGACUUGUGGCCAUUUUGGCUCGUGUCCCGCGAUUUUCAGUAGCAGGCAUAACGAAAACUUCGUCGAAACAAUCCUUUGCAUCAAUAACUAAAUCCUUUUCUUCCCCAGUAUUUAUUUUAUCUGCCAAAGUGUUUGUAUAACUGGUGUCUUCAAGUUGAGUAGGUAUGUCAGCGCCUUCCAAAACAGUUGUAUUUUUAUCUUCAUCGUCGAAUCCUAGAAAAUCCUCGCUGUAGCUGCUUCGUUCGUCCUGUUGGUCUGGAUGUAACUUUGCCCGUAUGUACCGCCAUACCUGAUACAGAUUUUUAUCUUCUAGUGGUACAUGCCAGGAGUCCGAUUUUAUUUGUCGUUCAAACUCUGCUUUCUGCUCU